GAGUCUUUCCAAACUCUGCUCUUCUCCAGAUUCUUUGGCCGAUGAAGAUUGGGGAGAACCUGAGACCAAAGAAAAGAAAAAAUGAGCAGAAGAUGAAAUGCACACGACCUGCGGAACCAAAUGAGAAAGCUCCGGGAGUGGAAAAAGAGAAAAGGAGUAACGACGCUGAGAAGACAAUGGAGGAGACGACCGAGGAGACGACCGAGGACGUAGAUGAAAUACCGCCCAUCCUUCAGAACAUUCUAACCAUGGCAAAUGCAAAAAGAGCAUCACCUCCUGUACCUGAGAUCAGUGCUCUUCAGUCACCUCCUGCCCAAGACCAGAAGCCGGCGAGAUCCACAAGGCCACAGAAAUCCAAGCUGUCUCGGAUUCCAAGGCCGCCCCCAGUUCAGGCAAAGGAGCCCGCCAUCUCGAUGCAGCUUCCUCCAUCACCUCCUCGACUGCCUCCCCCGGCAGACGUUGUAGACAGGCCGCCUGCUGCUUCUUCAGCAUCCUCCCAGAAAGACGAGCUGCGUGUGAGGAGCCCGGAGGGCCCACAGAUCCCACCAUUCAUCCUGCAGUUCCAGGAUCAGAGCUGGUUCUCCCUGGUUCUCCCUGAAGCCGAGGCACAAUAUUCAGAGUUUCAGCCCCGCCUCCUGCACGCAUUUCUCCAGGCUGGACAGCCAAUGAGAAGUCAGCUUCUAUGCGCGCUCCAAACUCUGUACCAACAAGGACACCUGAAAAACCUAGAACUCGUUUUCCGAACCCUCAGAGACGCCAUCAACGGAGCAGACCUGAUGGUGAUUGAGGGCCAGGAGUUUGUCUGGCACUGUCUCCGCUUCAUGAAUGAUCUGUCCCAGGCAAGAAAAGAGCUGAUUGUGGAGCUUUUGGUGAUGUGUGUGCAGCUUCAGGACCCACAUAGGGGAAGGUUCAUUGCGCUGUUCCAUGAAUUUGGUGUCUAUGACCCCCAUGGGUUUAUUGCCAAGAAGUGUCGUUCCUGGGACAAUUGGGAUGAGACAAGAAAUAGCAGAGAAGCUCUGAGGAAAAUAUGUGAGGACUGGCUGCAGCAGUGGACUGAUCGCCUGAUGGACCGCCUCCAUGCAGGGACCACGUGGAAUAAAGAGCCACGGGCAUCACAUGGAGGAAAGAGCAUCAAAUGUCAAACAGUGAGAAGCCUGGGCGGUAACAGGACAAGACAGGAAGAUCUUUCAUACGAUGUCACAGCCAUCGAUGUUCUGAAUUAUUAUUGUGAUGUCCAGAUGAAGAGAGAGCUGGACGUGUUGAGGGACUGUGAACUAAAGCAUGGAAGCACGGUGCUGGCCCUGCCACCCAUAGACAGAAGGCGAGCUUUGCUGCGGCUGGGAGAGACUGGGAUGCAUCGAAGACAAAGGGACCAAGCAGGUGGGAGAUUUCCUGCAGUUCGGCCACUUUGUCCUGAUAUGAUCCCAUUUAUUAACCUGCCUGUAAAGAAGGUGACCCUCAGCCCGUUCAUCAGCAUUGAGGAGGCCCCCACGAGGACUCGUUUCACCGGCUCCCUCAGACAAGACAUUCAGCGAUAUUUCAUGGUCCAGCAGUCAUACAUUGAACGAUAUUAGAGAUGCUGAGAACGAAGAACAGCCAUCGACCUAAGCCAUCAGUAAUGGAGGCUCCACCCUGGAAUUAGCAUUGUGACAUAUAACAUAAAAGACAGGGAUUAUACCACGAAUCUGUGCCAUAGAAGCAGUCAUUGAGGUUCAGCCAGCUCAACCAGUCCGCCAUUCCAGUCCUCUAAAUUCUCUCCUGAAGUUUCUGCUAUGAUCAGUCUUCUAUCCAGCGCGCCAUGGUGCGGCACGGAGGCUUGCUGAGCCAGAGCUUUCUUCUAAUAUCUUUACUUUUUAUUUCCUGAUUGUAUAUUUGUAUUCUAUUCUCUGUACAUGAUUAUGGGGGCGGCCAUCUUACCGGAGCCGCUGUUAACCGCAUUUAGCUUUAUGCCUUCGAGCAGCGACAUGGACUGUAGACACAGCAGACUCGAGGGGACGUCACUUACUUGCUUUAUAAACUGUGCAGAGGUCACUGUACAGGGAGGGGAAGUAGAUAAACAGACAUCACUGGUGGUGAAUGGUGGAUCCUGAGUUAGAUCCCGAUCUAAUCAUUUUUCUAGCUUGUUCAGAUUAUAUCAGAUGUUUGCCGAUUGUCCUAAAAUGGUGUUUAUAAAUGUAUG